GAGGUGCAACCAAAACAGCUGUUAGACAUUGAAACAGGGAUAUUCUGGAAGGGUGUCUGUCUAGCAUUAGUUAUGAAUACGGUUUUGAUCACUAAAAUGGCUGUGACUUUUGGACUCUCUUUGAGUGUUUCUUGGAUUUGUUGCCUGCUAAUUGGAGGGAUAACGUGUUUUACCCUUCAAGGUAAUGCUUAUGGGCAUCCUGCCUCCACUCGAGCCCAAGCGAGUGUGGUGUCUGUUCCAAAUGCUAAAGCUACUGGCCACAAUAACUUGGCAAAUGUGACGUCGGGUCGAAAUGCCUCGGCAGAAGUGACCGGCCCCCGCGCCUUAGCAGGAACGACAGCCCCCUGCGCCUCAGCAGAAGCGUCAGGCCCCUGCGCCUCAGCAGAAGCGACCGGCCCCUGCGCCUCAGCAGAAGCGUCAGGCCCCGGCGCCUCAGCAGAAGCGUCAGGCCCCGGCGCCUCAGCAGAAGCGUCAGGCCCCGGCGCCUCAGCAGAAGCGUCAGGCCCCGGCGCCUCAGCAGAAGCGUCAGGCCCCUGCGCCUCAGCAGAAGCGUCCGGCCCCCGCGCCUCAGCAGAAGCGUCAGGCCCCUGCGCCUCAGCAGAAGCGACCGGCCCCUGCGCCUCAGCAGAAGCGUCAGGCCCCGGCGCCUCAGCAGAAGCGUCAGGCCCCGGCGCCUCAGCAGAAGCGACCGGCCCCUGCGCCUCAGCAGAAGCGUCAGGCCCCGGCGCCUCAGCAGAAGCGACCGGCCCCCGCGCCUCAGCAGAAGCGUCAGGCCCCGGCGCCUCAGCAGAAGCGACCGGCCCCUGCGCCUCAGCAGAAGCGACCGGCUCCCUCGCCACAGCAGAAGCGUCAGGCCCCGGCGCCUCAGCAGAAGCGACCGGCCCCUGCGCCUCAGCAGAAGCGACCGGCUCCCUCGCCACAGCAGAAGCGUCAGGCCCCGGCGCCUCAGCAGAAGCGACCGGCUCCCACGCCUCAGCAGAAGCGACCGGCCCCCGCGCCUCAGCAGAAGCGACAAGCCUUGAACAGAUGGCCCGACCCCUCAACAAGAUAGAUAGGGAGAUCAUAAUUUGGUUUGCCCAACUCCUUAAUCGUCUGUCCCCUGUUACUGUGCCUCCUUUUGAAGAAAAGGCAAAGGUAACUGAGGGGAAAUAUGUCAACUAAUGCACUUGUUUGAAAUGAGGUUCUCCUUCACUUGUGCAUCGUCAUGCAAAUUGUUUACAGGGGUGAACACUACAAUGGUAUGAAUUGUUUUUAUAACAAUACGACUAAAAUUGACAUCUGAUUUGGCGACAUGUCUGACACACUUUUAGGUUCUACGGUUAUGCUUUUGAUUUAGCCUGGUGUUCCUGCUACUCUUGCAUGGUUUGCUCAAUAAACAAUUUGACUUUCAAUAAACCAAUAUACCUCGUCCUUCAA